AUGUGCUAUCGCAAAAAGUCCCUUCUGAUUCACCCGGAUAAGACCAAGAACCCGGCCGCCCCCGAUGCCUUCGAUCGUCUUCAGAAAGCGCACUCCGCACUCAUGGACGAGAAGAAGCGCGAAUACCUCGACGAAUGCAUUGCGGACGCGCGACGACUGCUGAUCCGCGAGCACAAGUACAACCUCGACUCUCCGGAGUUGAAGACGGAGGAGUUCAAGAAAGAAUGGCGGAAGAUGACGGUCACAGUGCUCUUGGAAGAAGAGGCGCGGCGGCGCAGGCAGGCCAAGGCCAAGCUGCAAGAGGAAGGACGCGAACGGCGCAAGGAGGAGGAAGAAUUGGAGGCACGGAAACGCAAACGCGACCAGGACAAAGCCUGGGAAGAUACUCGCGACGAUCGAAUCGGUAGCUGGCGCGACUUCCAGAAGGGACAUAAGAAGGACGGGGACAAAAAGAAGAAGAAGAAAAUGAAAACCGACGCUGCCACCAGCAAAGACAAUGCCAACGAUGACGAAAGCACCACCGCACCCCCACCACUAACGACCACAAUCGCCGCCCUCCAUGACCAGAUCCAACGCUUCCUCGCCGAAUCUCACCCCGCGGACUCCCUCCUCGCCGCCGUGCAGAAGCAAACGCGCGUGACCCUGGACGUCUUCGCCGCGGCGCUGGACAGUUUCCCCCUCGAGAAUCUCUCCCUCUCCUACAACGGCGGCAAGGAUUGUCUGGUGAUGCUCGUGUUGUUUCUCGCGAGCAGCAGUAACAAGUCUCUAAUCUCCAUCCCCGCCAUCUACGCCCUCCCGCCCGACCCCUUCCCCGAGGUGGAGGAGUUCGUCGCCUGGUCCGCCCGCCACUACCACCUUGACAUCGUCAAGUACACCACCGACCCGCCGCGCGCCACCAUCCGCUCCGUCUUCGCCGACUACCUGGCCCAGCACCCGGCCGUCCGCGCCAUCUUCGUCGGCACCCGCCGCACCGACCCCCACGGCGCCCGCCUGACCCACCAGGACUACACCGACAGCGGCUGGCCCCAGUUCCUGCGCUACCACCCCGUCAUCGAGUGGCACUACACCGAGAUCUGGGCCUUCAUCCGCCACCUGGGCCUGCACUACUGCUCCCUCUACGACCAGGGGUACACCAGUCUGGGCGGCACAGCCGAUACCCGUCCCAACCCCAAGCUGCUGCGACCGGGGACCGAGGCCGACGCCGGCGCGGAUCAGUCGCGGUAUCGUCCGGCGUAUGAGCUGACCGACGACUUGGAGGAGCGAUUGGGCCGCAAUUGA